AUGCCGCCUCAAUACGUCAUGCAAGCUAACUCCGGAACGAUCACAAUGCCAGCUUCAAAUCAGAACGUCCAAUACACGAUGCCAACAAACCAAGCUACGAACCCAGCACCCACAAACGGCAACGGUCAAACAACAGCCGCGGAAUCGGAUUCAACAAACGGAAGCAGCAACCAGACUAAUUACAUUUCGUCAUCCUCCCAAGAAAACAAUUACGCCAUAUCCGGUACUACUCCUGUACAGAAUAAUGGACAACAGAAUUUCUCAACAGACGGAAGUACGACGCAAUCGGGAACUUAUACAGCCAGCAACCAAACCGUUAAUCAGCAAAAUUACACACAAAACGGAAGCAACACAACCUACAGCAACCAAGCUACAGCGCCACCAAGUUAUCCCACUAACGGUUCAAAUCAAACCAGCCAAUACACCACGAUAACAAACACCUCACAAGCAAACUUCUCGCCCUCAUCAACACCAGCGCCAAACCAGACGUAUCCCAAUAUGCCAAACCUGGGAUAUCCGGCUCAGAAUGGACAGAAUCCCUACCCGAAUGCCACAGGGCAGAAUCUGGCAGCAUAUGCCAGUAACCAAUACCAGUAUACAAGCAGACCGUGGUUCAGAGCGAGGUAUGGAUCACCCCAAGGCUCUCCAUACAAUUCCAACAACGUUCCGCCAAUGCCAGUCCCUCCGCCCGCCAAUUAUAAUUAUUGGCAGGACAGUUGA